CAUGUGACUCCACUCAGCAACGACAAGCGUUGGACAGUGUUUCAGUGUGCUGAAACCCUUUCCAGGAUGUCUGUCCCCGGCCGGCUCGGGUUGGUUUUGGGUGCCCUGUGUCUGUGUGCCGUGUUUGACGGGGUGUGUCUGCUGAGCAGCGGCAUGCUCUUCCCCCGGGAGUCCUCCUCCAGGGAGGUAAAGGAGUUGAACGGGCUGUGGGACUUCAGGGCUGACAAGUCCCCGGACAGGAACCAGGGCUUCGAGAGGGCAUGGUACAAAAGUCGCCUGGCAGAGACCGGCCCGGUGAUUGAAAUGCCAGUCCCUGCCAGCUACAACGACGUCACCCAGGACCCCUCACUGAGAGAUUUCAUUGGCUGGGUGUGGUAUGAGCGGGAAGUGGUGGUACCUGCCCGCUGGGUCGCAGGUGAAGGAACAAGAGUGGUUCUCAGAGUGGGAAGUGCUCACUAUUAUUCAGUGGUGUGGGUGAACGGGGUGAAAGUGACUGAACACAAUGGUGGACAUCUUCCUUUCGAGGCUGAGAUAGGGAGUUUAAUCCGCAAGGACCCAGCUACACCGUGCAGGAUCACCAUCGCUGUCAACAACACCCUGACCCUGGAGACUCUUCCUCCAGGAAGCAUCCAGCACAUGAACGACCACACCAAGUAUCCUGAUGGCUUUUUUGUACAAAACAUCUACUUUGAUUUCUUCAACUAUGCUGGAAUACACCGUCCUGUGUUGCUGUAUACUACUCCUAAGGUGUAUGUGGAUGACAUCACUGUGGUGACUGACUUCUUGGAUAACACUGGUCUAGUCAAAUACAAAGUAUCGGUCCAAGGUGCUGCCUCGGUCACCCUGAAGGUCACUUUGAUGGACAAAGACAGACACUGCGUAGCCUCCUCCAGCGAUCAGUCCGGAGUGCUCAAAGUGGUAGAUGUCAACCUGUGGUGGCCAUACUUGAUGCACGAGAAUCCGGGUUAUCUUUACUCUUUGGAGGUUCACUUAGUGGCAGCUAUUGGCAGCACGACACAUGAAGAUGUGUAUACUCUACCAGUUGGCAUCCGCACUGUAAACGUCACCAGCACCCAGUUCCUCAUCAACAACAAGCAAUUCUAUUUCCAUGGAGUCAACAAACACGAGGACGCAGAUAUUCGAGGUAAAGGCUUCGACUGGCCCCUGAUUGUCAAGGAUUUUAACCUGUUGAAGUGGCUGGGGGCCAACUCGUUCCGCACCAGCCACUACCCCUACGCUGAAGAGAUCCUGCAGAUGUGCGAUCGCCAUGGCAUUGUAGUGAUAGAUGAAUGUCCGGGAGUGGGCAUCAAAGACAUCCGUAGUUUUGGAAACGCCUCCCUCACCCAUCACCUGUCUGUCAUGGAUGAGCUUGUACGUCGGGACAAGAACCAUCCUUCUGUGGUCAUGUGGUCAGUAGCCAAUGAGCCCGCUGCAGAGAUGCCCCCUGCUGAAUAUUAUUUCAAGACGUUGAUAAAACAUACCAAAGCUCUGGACCCUACCCGACCUGUCACUUAUAUCACAGACAGUAAUUAUGCUCGGGACAAAGGGGCUCCUUAUGUGGACGUGAUCUGUGUAAACAGUUACUUCUCCUGGUACCAUGAUCCAGGCCACCUGGAGGUCAUCCCCAUCCAGCUCAACACUCAGUUUGAGGACUGGUAUGGAAAGUACAAGAAACCCAUCAUCCAGAGUGAAUAUGGAGCAGAUGCAGUGCUGGGGCUUCACAGUGAUCCACCCAUGAUGUUUACUGAGGAGUACCAGAAGGUAGUCCUGCAGAGCUACCACCACGUAUUUGACCAGAAGAGGAAGCAGUAUGUUGUCGGUGAACUCAUUUGGAACUUUGCCGAUUUCAUGACUGCACAAGGGAUCACCCGUGUGGUGGGGAACAAGAAGGGUAUUUUCAGCAGGCAGCGGCAGCCCAAAGCAGCAGCCUUCGUCCUGAAGGAGAGGUACUGGAGAGUGGCUAAUGAGACAGGCAGACUGCCCUCUUGGACCAAGUACCCCUGCUCGCUCUGACACCUGCCACUGUUAGGGCACCCAGUCCAGGACAGGCUCCAUCCCCAAGUAAGCACUAUGGCACCUGGAAAAAAUGCUGGGAAAAUUCAGUCAGUUUCUUGAGGACAUUUACUUAAGCACAUACGUUAUGGAACACUUCCUUUGAAGCCACUUCAUUGUGUGCAUCUAAGGUCAAACCACCAUGAAACACAGUUUGGCUAUGCUAUUCCUGAGGUCUGGAUUCACUAACACUAUAUUCAGGGUUUUUCCAGCCAUUUGGAACAUUUUGAGGAACAUAUAAACAAUUUUUGAUGCUGAUUUAAAAAAAAUAGCCUCUAGUGGAAUUCACAUUUUACAGUAAUAACUGUGACAUGGUUUCUGUAGGAUUUGUCUGAGUUUAGAUUGGGGGAAUUUAUUUAGUUGUUACAGUUUAUUCUGAUAACAAUGUGUGAGGUUGUGUGAUUCUGUAAUACAAAGGUCAGGUAAAAAAAAAAAAAAAAAAAAAGUUAGAAUCCUUCUACAUCAGUGAUUAGCUCUGACCUUUCCUCCAGUCAGAUGAUGAGAACGCCUGGCAGACAAAGGACCUAACAUUACAAAGACACUGUAAAGGACAGAAGUCACCACACUAUCUCCACUACUGUAGCUUUCCUCUGUGUGUUUAAGGAAACAUUGUCUAUAAUAAAGACAUUGAUUAGUGUUUCCGGAGUUUGACAUAACACCUUUGUUGGAAGUUGUUUUCAAAAAUGUAAGCCUCUAUCAUUUCUGGGGGUUUUUUUUUUCAAAUACUUUAUACAUGUUAUGUUAAUGUGGAUUAUGAUGCUGAAUCUAACCAGAAAAGUGCUUUAUUUUUAUACAUGAAAAUCAGCUGAAUAAAAAUCAGUUUUGAUAGGAAUUUAGAUAUUAAAAACAAAACCUGAUGCCAA